AUGGCUGCUCGAGCGGCGGCGCUGGACGGGCUGAAGGUCCACCGGUGGGGCGGGCCGAUGAGCGCCGACGCGAUGCCCUCCGCCCGGUGGGGCAGCUCCGCAGCCCCGACCCUCGGCUGCCUGCUGCGCGCGCUCUUCGCUCCGUCGGCCUGGCUCGCGGCGGCGGUGGAGGCGCGGCGGAGGGAGCUCUUUGGCGACGGCGCCGCUGGCACCGCCUUUCGGCCCGGCACCGUGCCCACCACCGACAGGCGCAUGACCGUUGACGGCGCCGUCAGCGUCAACCCGGUGUUCCAGCACAACUUCACGCGCGAGAGCGUGCAGGACAUCUUCGUGAUGCUUGCCCACUCGCGCUGCUUCCACCACGCCAGUUCCAAUUUUGCCACCACUGUACUCGCGUUCGCGCCGCCGGGCGCCUGCCACGGGCACUAUUCGCUCUAA